UCCGGUAACGGCCCGGCCGGGAGUCGCGCGGCCCACGCGCGGGGGUCGCAGGGCCCCGACGCGCCGCCCGUGGCUGCUCAGGGCGGCCCGGCCGCUGACGCGGCUCCCCGCGCGGGCACAGUCCGGAGGCCCCGCUGCCCUCCCUGCAACCGCAACCAGCAGCCCGGGCUGGCGGCGUUUGGCGGGCCGGGCGCUCACUCGCCUCAGACCUUUCAGGCGCCACUUUCCCGCGCAGACGGUGCGCGACGUGAGCUGUCGCCCGUCGCUUCCACAGCCCGGGACUGGGGUCACUUUGCAAAGGCGCUGCUGCGCCCCCAGCGGCGCGACGUCUCGGGAGCGCCCGGGCGCCGCCGCCCGGGGACAUCGGGGGCCUUUUACUCCGGGCUCGGAGUCUGGGUUUGGGAGUUAGUGUUAGAAAGCUUGUGGCUCCGUGCCGGGGGCGUUGUAUGCGGCAGCGACGCGGCCGGUCACAAGCCAGUUACUGCCGCGCCCACGCUGCCGCCCGGGAAGGGGGUGGCUCCAGCGCCCGGGAGACGGAAGUUCCCCAAGUAUUUUUGUUUGGUCUCCAUGUUUAUCUAUAAACUUUAAAAAUACGUAUGCGGUGUAUUUGGUUAAAAAUACCCUUGAUUUUCUUGGUGAUCGCGUUUAGACAGUGAUGGUGGUAAAUGUCUCUUUCUCAUCUUGCCAGUCCCCUCUACACUGUAUUGCCUUACGGGAUCAGACCAGCAGUCCCUCUAAUCAGAUUCCCAGUCUAUCAGUGGCCAAAACCAGUUACAUCAGAGGAAAGUGGAAGAAGCCCUUACAAUUAUCCCUUUGAAGAUGAUAUACUUGUCUCUAUGGAAUCAUUGACUUAUGAUACACCCAUUGGACCACAGCUAUGGGGUGAUAUGUCAGAAAAAAACAUUAAUGAAUGGAAGAAAAAACUACAUAAGAGGGCCACACAAUGUCAAAAAAUCACAGAAUCACGAAAGCAAUGGAUCUCUGAUUUUGAAGAUGAAGAUUUAAAAGUACAUCAGGAACCUGCUAGGAAAUCCUUUAUAGACUCCUAUGAAGAGAUUCAAGUUGCUGACACAGAUACCGAAAGCGAAGCUGAUUUGGUUUCGAUUAGAAGAAAAUUUGAAAAUGUUAACCUCAAGGAGGACAUUCGACUUCUAAACCCUUCUGAGCUGGAAAUGAGAGAGAAAGUCAGAGUUCGUGUGGAUGUGAUAGUACAAGAUGAUGAAAGAAACAUCCCUAAAUGGAUUAUGGUUGCACCUGAAGAAAAAUCAAAGCGUCUCCACGUAACAUCUCCAUGGCAAGACUUGAUGGGUAUGACUAAAUCUCCAGUUGAUAAGAUAACUGUACCCAGACAUAUACCUUUUCUGGAAAAAAAUGAAACGGGCUAUGAUAGCUUCAUGGAAGAGUACCAGUCUGCAAAUGAAGAAUGUUCCUGGAACAACGUCACACUUGCAGAUUUGUAUCCAGGAAUGGUGGAGACACUUAGCAAGUUGAUGAACAAACACUCUCAGAAAAAAGCAGCUGAUUCCAUAAUCAGACACUACAAAUACAGAGGAUGGCCUCCUAGAAAAUCAAAGCUUAAUGUCACCAUAGAAAGAAUAAGAAGGUUCAGGACAUCUAAAUUGAAGCCUAUGCUGCCUAACACAAAUAGUAAUGAUCAUAAAUUGCCUGUUGGAAAUAAUUUAAAUGAAAGUAACCAGCUUCUUCAGGAUGGCAAAUGUCUGACACAGUGUGUGACUAAUGGUGAAUCUGGUGUGGUAUUUUACCCACAUGUUAAUACGAGUGAAAUGGAAAUAGAUUGGCCUCGAAAUUUAGAAGAUAAUUCAUACAUUCAAAGAAUAGACCAAAACAUCUCAGAGUCUGUUUUUCCAAAUGUUACUGCUAGAACAGAAGAAACAUUUUUAACUGAGGGUCCAUCUCAGACCACCAUGACAUUACAUGACUCAAAAGGCAGCCCAAAUGGGAAGCUGCCUGAAGUACUUUCUCUGGGAUGCUCUUCUGUAACUUGCACAACAUCUCCUUGUCUCGUGAAAGAGAGCAAGAAUGGCAAAAUUGACAAUACAGCUUUCGAUGGUACAUCAGGGUUCCACUUGUCCACUUGCAACUUGAAUGGUGAUGCUAAUACCUUUCCACCACUUAACAGCUAUUCUCUAGUAAGAACAUCAAAUGCAUUAAUCAGAAAUCCUGAAAUAAAAACUUUCAGGGGAGGUGUUUCACUGCAGCGCAGUCAUUCUUUUUCCUCACUUCCUGUGAAUCAAAGUCCAGUCAAGACUCGCCAGAAAUGUGAAGAAGAAUUUGAAAAACUUUACCAGAAGCUGUGCCCCAAAGAACUUCAGAAACCUCUUAAGAUUAGAAAGCCUCCUUCAAACCCUAAAGAAAAAGAGAGUCUAAUCAAGUCCUACUUCUGUAAUUCUGUAAAGUCUCAUAAAAAAUAUGAUAGUGCAUUUGAUGAGGUUUAUCAGAGAUUGUGUUCCGAAGGGUUUCCAAAACUGCCCACGUUUCUCAGAGCUUCAAACUUACGGAAAUAUGAAGGCAUACAGAUGUCAGAAACUGUAAAUGCUUUAAUUAACUCACCCAUACGAACUUUACCUGCAGUUACCAGAAUUAAAAGAGUAGCAGAUUUCCACAAUGAAGAUCUUUUGUCUUCACCUGUAAAGAGACUGAAAAAUAUACCUGAAGAUUUUUUUCCUAGAGCCAGUAAUCAGUCUCCUCAUAGAAAAAAUAUUAAUCCUCAGACAACUGGCCUGGAUUUCUCAAGUGUGAUGGAUGGGAUUGUUCCUGGCAUAUUUGAUAGCCCUAAUUGUCAAAGUCAGGCAUCUGAAAACUUUGAUUCUGGGUUUCAUACGUCUUCAAAUCACACUUUUCCGGUUAGUCCAAGUAUUUUUGUGCAAGAGUAUCCAGAAAACUCAGCUACAAUAAUGGAAGAGAGAAAAGCUCAGGCUUUCUUUUGGGAAGACUUCAUCGCUAAAGAUACGCAAGGAGCAUUUCUGGAAGGCUACAGAGAAAAUAUUAUUUUAUAAAUUUGUAAAGACAUCAAAGACAUUUUAAUUAACCAUUGCAAUCUGAAAAUUGCAUUUAUUGAUAGGGAGGGAGCUGAGGAAUAGUGCUCUAGUAUAUAGUUAGUCCUGCUAUGUACUUUCCCUCUCAUCCAAAAUAAUUCCUUGGAGACCAGCUUUGCCUUCAGCCAAGGUGGACAGGGCACCUUUCCUUAAUGAGGAGUCAUUCAUUUGGCCCCAGAAGUCCACUGGAGGGAAUCAAGAUUCCUUCUUUGGUCUGAGUUAUUUGUUUAACUUUUAUAUUUAGUAGUGUUUGUCGUAAUAGAUGCUUGUGAUUUGCAUUUUUUCUGUUUGCUUAUAGACAUGGAUUUUAAUAUGCUAAUAAUAAUGUACCUUGGCUUUGUAUUCGACCAGAAUUCCUAGCCUCUCCUGUCCACCCCUGCUUUAUAUAUACACGUUAUUAGGCUCCUGGAAACACUGGUCUGGAAGGUCCAAAUGCAGUAUAAUGUAUUAUGACUUUGUAAUGUGGCUGUAAUAUCAGAUUUGAGGUUUUAAUGUUUAAUUUUCAAUGUACUUCAUCAUAAAUCUUAAUUGCUUAAUAAAUUUUUUUAUACAUUA